AUGGAUCAAAGGACGAGGACGGAAUACGAAACGAAAUGUCAGGAAUUGCGCGCCGAUCUCAAGAGGUGGGAGACGUCGUGGGCCAAGGACAAUGGCGGUAGGAAACCUGGACGGGAUGAUAUCAAGAGAAAUCCCGAUAUCGCCCAAAAGUACAAAGCCUACCAAAAAUCAAGAGACGUUCUCGACGGCAAAGCCCCACUCCCAACCACCAAGCAACAAUCGCCACCACCACGAAAGCGCAAACCCCAAGACGCCGACGACGUAAACACGUACUCGAGAGCCCCUGCGUCAGAUGGGUUGACCCCUUCGAAGCGAUCACGACAUGUCGAGACCCCAUCCAAGGGACGCCUGCACAGCCAACACCUCGAAGAGACGCCCACUAUCUCGCGCAAGCUAUUCAGUCCCACGGCCGUGACAUCCGUGGGGCCUACACCCCAGCGAGACGGGCGCGUACUGGGCCUGUUCGAUCUCUUGGAGAAGGAUGAGGAGUCCCGAGCCCGACUGCAGCAGCAGCAGCAGCAGCAGACGCCGUCGUCCCGGAGGAUAAAGACGAUGACGACGACGACCACCACCGCCGCCACCACACCCAGCAAGAAUCGUCCCCAGUUCGACUCGGAUUCCGUCACCACUCCGCGCAUGGGACGACGAACGCCAAUGUCGGCCAGCAAACGACAGUACCUAAAUACAUUCAUGUCACCGCUGAAAUCUCGUCAACCAAACAACAGCCACAGCCUCAACACCGCAGCAGCAGAGGAGGAAGAGCCAAUGGGCUCGAGAACCCCUUCCUCCUUCAUGACGACGACCCCCUCCAAACUCCACUUCGAGACACCCCAGUUCCUCAAGCGCCACAGCAACAUGCUCCCCCUCCACGAUGAUGCCAACCUCGCCACCGUCGACGAGAACGGCGAGAUGCUGGAGCCCCCGACCGCCCCUGUCCCGCUCCGUCUGCCGCGAAAACCUCUCGGUCGCGGUCUCAGCGAGAUCGUCGCCAGUCUACGAAAAGUCGAGGACGACAGGGCAGACGCGGACCUCGAGGCCCUGCGGGAGAUGGAGAUGGACCGAGAGGCUUCUACUCCUUCCACCUCGGUUGCCGCCUCUCAUCCCACCAUGACUUCUUCUUCCAGGGGACGACCUCCACCACCACCAGCUGCUGCAUCAACAGCAUUCGAUCACGAAGCGGAAGCUGCCAUGGCCGCGGAGGCAGAAGCACAGGAGCAGGACGCUCGGAAACAGGGCACCGCUGGCGAUAUGCCGUCCACCUACAAGAAAAAGGGUCAGAAGCGCACCACUCGCAAAGUCAACAUCAGGCCGAUGUGGAUCAAACGACCUGAUCAGUUACCCGUGGGAGACGGUGCAUCUGACGACGACGAGUCCAUGUCCAAGACGCAGCUUCCUGACGGUAAUGAUGAUGACGAUUACAAUGACAAUCACGUCUCGGAUGGCGAGAAGCAGGAGAGAAAGGAUACCAAGACGAGCGCAAAGACAAGGACGGCAGAAAAGACUGUCAGAAAGGCUGCCAGAAAGGUCAAUGAGCUUGCCCAUGCCAACUUUCAUCGUCUCAAACUUCGUCAGAAUGGUGCCAAGGGUGGUCCUGGGCAUAAUUCCCGGUUCCGGAGGAAAAGGUAA